GCAGAAGGUGAGAACAAUCGUGUGUCUGAAAGUGAAACACAGAGAGUUGGAGUUGGAGUUCAGUUUCAGUUGAACAUCAUCAAUGGCUUCCUCCAACAAUUCCAAAUCUCAAAACAACAAGAAAAUCAAAACCGAAAAGGAAAGAGCCAUCAUCGACAAGAAGAACAAGAAACCGAAGAAGGAGAAGGAGGAGGAGAGCAAAAUCACCAAGAACAAGAAGCUCAAGCUCACCAAUGGCAAUGGCAAUGGAAAUUCCAAAAAACACCACCGUCAACAAGAACAGAAGCACGAGGAGGAAGAUGAAGAAGAGGACAUUGAAGAGGCGAAAUCGCACGUGUUUCCGAUGAAUCGUAUCAGGACUAUGAUCAAGGGCGAAGAUCCUGAAGCGCGUGUUUCUACGGAAGCUAUUUUGGCCAUCAACAAAGCUGCGGAGAAGUUCCUUGAACAAUUCACACAGGAAGCUUAUACUCGUGCUGUUCAGGAUCGUAAGAAAUCUCUCAGUUACAAUCACCUAGCUCAUGUUGUUAGUAAGCAGAGGAGAUAUGACUUUCUUUCUGAUUUUGUUCCUGAAAAAGUGAGAGCUGAGGAUGCAUUGAGAGAGAUAAGUUCAAGAGGGAACGGGGGAGGUUAGAAAAUGUAAAACAAUGUUAGUGAGGAAUCUAACCUUAUACUUUAUUUAAUCUGUCACAUUUUGUAAGAAUAUGUAUCAGGGUGAGUAAUUUAUUACUUUACAUUUCCGUGUUGUAUGCAUUUUAACACUUCUCUUUAAAAGCCCUAUUCCAUACGUCUAUAUAUUUUUUCCAGUGACUAUACA